AUGGCGACCUCAAACAAUCCGCGAAAAUUCAGCGAGAAGAUCGCCCUGCACAACCAGAAGCAGGCAGAGGAGACCGCGGCGUUUGAAGAAGUCAUGAAAGACCUGAGCAUUACUCGGGCGGCACGGCUGCAGUUGCAGAAGACCCAGUAUUUGCAACUAGGCCAGAAUCGUGGUCAGUGCUAUGGAGGUUCACUGCCCAAUGUCAAUCAGAUUGGAAAUAGCAACAUUGACCUGCCUUUUCAGACUACAGUUUUGGAUACCAGUCGAACGACUCGGCACCAUGGCUUGGUGGACCGUGUUUAUCGUGACCGGAACAGAAUCACAUCUCCACAUCGCAGGCCUCUGUCUGUGGACAAACAUGGCCGUCAGAUUGACAGCUGCCCUUAUGGCUCAGUGUAUCUGUCACCUCCCCCUGACACCAGCUGGAGGAGGACAAAUUCUGACUCAGCCUUACAUCAGAGUGCCAUGAAGCCUGCUCCGCAAGAUACUUUUGUUGGAGGAUCACAGGAGGUACAGCCAAAACGAGUGUUACUGCUCACACCUCCAGAUACUGAAGAGCCUGAAACAGAAAUGGAAAAAGACGAUCAGAAAACAUCGUUGCAUCCCAAAUCUCAUGAGGUUCCAGGGAUUAACAUAUUCCCAUCCCCUGAUCAAGAAGUGAACACCUCUUUGAUGCCAGCCACACACAACACAGGCGGCUCCCUGCCGGACCUCACCAACAUCCAGUUCCCUCCUCCUCUGCCAACUCCAUUAGACCCGGACGACCCUGUAUCCUUCCCCACACCAAGCACUUCCAGCAGCACGGGCAACCUCACUACCAACCUCACCCACCUGGGCAUCAGCGCUGCCAGCCACGUACCCCCCUCACCCCCUGCGCUGAGCGGCCAAACCCAGCCUGCUCCUGCCCUCACACUCAACAUAGAUGUCCAGCAACAGCAGCAGCAGCAAUGUCCACAGCAGCUCUCCCCCACUCUCUCUCCUACCCUCUCACCUCAGAUGCCCAUUUCUCAGCCCAUUGCAAUGGACACCAUGUCUCUGGAGCAGCAACUGUCGCAGUACUCACUCCUCAGUCUGCUGAGCGACCUGCAAAAGCAGCAGCAGACCCUGCCCCAGAAUAUCCGCCUCAUCCAGCUUCCCCCACUUACUGUCAACUCUGCCUCCAGCACAUCACAGACCUCCCUCGCCACCCAGUCGCCGACGGCCACCAGCGCACCGGUCAGCUCGCAGUAUCGCAAUCAGACUGGGUCUCCAGCCAACCAGUCUCCAACCUCUCCAGUCUCCAACCAAGGCUUCUCGCCUGGAGGCUCGCCUCAACACAUUCCGGUGGUGGGCAGCAUUUUUGGAGAUUCGUUCUAUGAACACCAACUGGCAUCCAGACAGACCAAUGCUCUGUCCCAUCAGCUUGAGCAAUUCAACAUGAACAUGAUCGAGAACCCGAGCAGUUCUAACAGCCUUUACAGUCAGUGCUCCACACUCAACUACACACAGGCAGCAAUGAUGGGUCUAACUGGGAGCCACGGCAACUUGCAGGACACACAGCAACUAGGCUACAGUAACCAUGGCAACAUUCCCAACAUUAUUCUCACAGUGACCGGGGAGUCCCCACCUAGCCUGUCCAAGGAGCUGACCAGCUCACUGGCCGGCGUGGGUGACGUCAGCUUUGAUGCAGACUCUCAGUUUCCACUGGAUGAGCUGAAGAUUGACCCUCUGACCCUGGACGGACUGCACAUGCUCAACGACCCGGACAUUGUUCUCGCUGACCCAGCUACCGAGGACACGUUCCGCAUGGACCGACUGUGAAGCGAGCGGUGGCUGGAACUCAAAAGAAGCUCUCUGAAGAGGAAGAGGCUGGAGACUACUUAUUGUGCAGCUGCAUGGCCACCCAGUUUAUCAUCCAGUCCAUGGCCCUCCCUUCCUCCCCCACAUGGCAUCUACAAUAGCAUGCUGCCAAAGCCGUCUGGGGAAGGGAGGUGCUCGAGCACAGAGGUGGAAGUGGCGUUACUACAUCCACACUGGCUAGCGUUUGCAAGGCGGCUAGUUUUAAACAAGUGUGCGCUAUGCCCCUCUUUAGGCCUACAUGUUGAGUUGCUUUGUUUUAUGUUCUUUGGGUUUUUUGAGUUGUUUGUUCAUGUUUGUUUUGUUUUUGUUGAUGUCUCUGAGUCUGAGGUGAUAUUUGUCUUUCUCAUGUCAUUGUGUGUAUUUGUUCUGUUUUCUAUAAAAAGCAAGUGUCAAGGUGCACGUGUGUGUGUGUGUGUGUGUGUGUGUGUGUGUGUGUGCGCGCACACACGUGUAUGUGUAUGACUGUGUUGAACUUUGUUCAACCUAAAUAUUGAACCUCCUGACUAUGAUGGCUUUUCCCCCCAAGACACAGCUUUAUUUUUACAUACAAUUUGGUUUCUUUAGUACUUUGUGUCUGUUUGCUUAUUUAUUUAUGUAUUUUUUUGUUUUUCAUUUAUUUGGCAUGCUACAUGAAUUGCCAAAUCUUUUGUCACUUGUUUUUAAUGUUUAUGUUGCAUGUGUUUUUGAAGUCAUUUGUUUGAUUCUGUGUGUGUUUGCGUGGGUGUUUUAUAGGUUUAUGUGAAAUUAUCUAUAUAUUUAAACAUUUUUAUUAUUUAUUGAACCUUUUUAUUUAAUACUAAGGAGUACUACUCCCCCCCAAUACUACUUUUUAUGGAUUUGAGAAAGCAUCGCUUGCUACUGUAUGUACUUUAUUAUUGCAAAAGGUCUAAUGAAAAAACUAGCAUCCGCUACAAACCCUUUUUUGUUUUUAACUCCAAACACUCUGAUGGUGAGGAUCUAUGUGCUGGCGUUGUUGUUUUUACGUUGCCAGCAGACUCACUGAUUUAAUUGUGUGAAAAUGGCAGCCUUGCCUCUAUUUUUGGUAUUGAUAUUGUAAAGUGUCUUUAGAAGCUAAAAACCUGUAUGUUUUUCCUUGUUGAGUAAGUUGCUUGUUCAGUUGCAAAUUGAAAAUGUUAGUGCUGUCGUUGACUUCUGAUUUGCAUUAAAAGGUUGUCAUCGUGCAGGGCCAAAACCGUUAAAGGGAAGCCUCAGAAAGCUACUGAACUCAUCACUGUGAGCUGACCUGAUUUUGCCUUAUGAACAAAAAAAAGCUGUUUUUAAGCUGUCGGUGUGACGAGUUUUCUAAUCGUCCUGUUAAUGUUUAUUCUCGUAUCUGAAAAGACUUCUGAUCAUGCACAAUCAGUGGCAGUAUUGUGUUUUUAUAAAUGCAGUUUUUCAAUUAAGUACUGUAUGGCAUGUAGGUUUAAGUGUUCCCGCUUAAAUGGAGGUUCUGUUGUGAAGCCAGAUGUCCGUCCGUCUGAGCUGCUAAAGUGAAAGUAAGGGGAGGGUACUGCUCCUUAUUCUCAGUGCUGUUUACCAGAAUGUCGUUUUUCGUCUUUAUUCAUGUAUAUUUGUUUCUGUCUUGUCUGUCAUUCAUGUGAUGUCUCAUUUGUCUUUUUCCAUUUGAAAAGUUUAAGGAAUCACAUCUUUGUAGUUAUGUACACUAUGAAAUUACAGAAAAAAAUACUGUUAUUCACUGUUUUAUGCCACUUGAAAUGGAUGGCCUAAUUCAGAUUAACCGUUAUAAUCCUGCUUUAUGCACCCGGGGAAAAUUAAAGCACUUGGUCACUGCACAAAAAAAACAUUUGGUACCAAAUUCCUAUAGUGGCAAAUGAUCAGCAUGAUGCCAUCUAUUAUUUGUGAACAAUCAUUUUGUUAUUGUUUUAGGUUUUUAUUUGAUAUAUAUAUACUUUUUUUUUAAGUAUAUUGUUAUAACAGUUUUAACCGACUUCAGCCAAGAGUCUUGACCUUGGUAUAUAGAGUGCAGUCUGAAUGUAACUGGACAGUGAUGCAGUUUCAGUUUUGGCUUUGCAGUUUUGCACAUUUGAUAUGAAAUGAAACAAGCUGACAGCUUUAUGAAUAUCAGUCCUAUGCACUUUUUAUGCAUAUUUCACCUCACAUAAUUCUUACAUUGUCAUGUUUACUACUUAGUUCCUUUUUGCAUUGUCUUGUCUUUAAUUGAAAUGCAUGCUCAAUCAUGGGUAUUUGAUUUGGCCUAUUAAGAGCAUUCCACCCCUUUUGCCCCUGAAACGCUCCAUAGCUCCUCUGUAUUCUUUAAAAAUCUUUCUUGUAUACAUAUUGGCUGAUACUGGCAGAAAAUGUUUGAUCACAUGUUAAAGGGGGAAAAAAAGAAUGAAUCCAAGAAACAAUGUAUCUCCAUUUUUUUCCCAGAUUUUUUUUUUCUGUUUAAUUUGAACACUUUUGUGCUGUUUUUGCUGUUGUCCUUUACAUUGUGCUAAAAUGUCCGGAAGAAUGGAUCAAUAGAAAUGCUUCAUAUUUACUUGGAACAAAAGCUUUUUACAUUAACUUGCAUUAAAAGCCUUGUCCUGUAAAGUUAUUAUUUUGGAGAUAUAUUGUUUUUUGUAGAGCAAGGAUAUGAUCAUAUGUUAAGCACGUUGGUUGUAGUAUCUAUUAACAAACCUAAGAUCUUGGUCUCUUAUUCUGUCUCUUAUUCUGAUUUCUCAGCUUCAUGAUGGCCUACUUUACUGCCAUUGCCAAUGCCCACUCCAGACCUUUUGCCAGCUCUUUUCUGCUAGGAUGGAACUCCCAUUUUGCAGUAUAUUCUCAGGCAUUGUUUCAUUUCAGAUCCAGUGUGCAAAGAGUACAGAGCCAGAACAGAAAACUGUCACCAUCCAUUUAUUUACAGACAGCGCUGUAUUUGGUCUUGGAUGAGAAGCCAGAUCAGUUGGACCUUUGUAAGGGAUAUGACUUUAAAAAAAAUUAUGAAAUGUGAAAUGUACAGAUUCCUAUGCAAACCAGAGAAAAUUUAUCAGUCUACAAAUCGAAAUAUAUCUUGUUGAAUUGAGUGAAAUGGUUUAUAUGGUGUAGCUGUAAAGCUUUUAAAAUAGCAAUGCACAGAUAAUAUAGAUGAUUUAUUAGGCGUUUGAAACAGAUCAGACAAAAAAACAGCAGUACUAACAUUGAGCAGCAGUUUACAGCAUGCAGUGUUACAGAAAAGGCCACUUUAAAACAGCAUACACUGCUAAAGGGUUGGACUUUUUAUUCAUUUAUUUUUUUAGCCCUUAGACAGUGCCGUUCAUAUUUACUUUCUUUAAACAGUGUUUUGUUUUUCUUUUGACAUUUAUUUCGGAACUGUUUUUCCUCUCGAACACUUGUAUGGUAAAUACUGUACAUAGAGCUUAUCACUAGACUAUGAUGACUGCAUGUCAAAAACAAGAAAAGGAUCUUCAGUAAGAGGCCUUCCUUAGCUUGGCUGAUUUCAUUAUAAAAUGUGCUGCACAUGAUACACUAUGGACUCUUAGCGAGAUGCAAUGCAUGCGUUGAUCAAAAAAAAAAAGUGGUUUCAUUUGACUGAACGUCACUCAUAUUCGCGUAUAUUUUGGUAGAUCACCUCUGGAAAUACAGUGUAUGGGCCUCCAUAUGAGAUGUUGUGCGUCACACCAAAUUACCUUUUGCUUGACCAAAGCAGUUUUGUUUGUUGUUUACUUUUUCCAUAUUGUAACUGCUAGUUUCCUCUGAAAGUUUUUAUUUAUUUAUUUUUAUUAGUUUUUUUAUAUAGUUACUAUGUUUUUGCCUGUUUGCAUUCUUUUCUUUGGCAUGGUUGUUGAUCAUCAUGAUUGUAGCAAGCUGGACCUUUAGUUUGUUUGUUUGUUUUCGGUUGAAAUACUUGUCAGCACUGUUGCUUAGCUUAGCUCUUGCAUCUCAACAUAACAAACCCUCACAAUCACUGAUAUAUAUCACAGCUCAAGUCACUGAUAUAUAUGGCAGCUUUUGUGCUACUGUGUGCGUGCGUGUGUGUAUGCGUGUGCGUCUCUCUCUUUUUGUAUCUCUUCUCAGUGUGUUGCUUCGCACUUUAACAGUGGCGUUAUGGCAUUAAAUUUGGACUGUUUUACCCUCUGAGAACACUGACUGUUUAGCUCUGUAGAUUUUAAUCAUGCUUCUUUUUUUUUUCUUCCUUUUUCUUUCCUUACAGAUGGCUAGUCCCUGUAAUCAAAGCUAUUUUUCCUUAAUGUGAACAUUUUCUGGGUGAAUUCUCCACUGUAUUGCACUGAUAACGUUGAGGGAUAACACUUUUGGGAGCAAAUAUGUAACUUCUUAAUGCAAACUUUGAAAAAAAAAAAAAAAAAAACAAGGGCUCGGUCUUUGUGCUCUAAGUGUAAAAAUUGGGAGAUGCAGCCAGAAUGUAUGUUUUAUUUCUGUCCUUAGAUCUACAGUAGUUUUCAUCAUGCAUGAUAAUAGCAGUUUUGGGCUUUUUAUUGAAUCUUUUCAGAUCUCAACAGCAGUUUUUGUUAUUUUGGACGUAUUUAUUUGUGAAUGCAGAGCCCCUUUAAAGGAGCCUCCUUCAAACUCCCCUAUAAGCCUUAAGAGGACUGCUGGGCAGUUGCUAUGGUUCUCAUAUAUAUCCACCAGUUUUCCACCAUUAUAAUAAACUAAUGAGGAAGUGGUUCUCUUAUACCAGAAAUAUUUGUUGAUAAAUCUUUAGAGUAAUAGAGUGUGGGCUAUAUGAAAUAGAUAUAGUAUAUAUGAUCGGCCAAACAUAAGUGCCAUCUGCAUUGAUUUACUCUCUAAACAUCCGUUUUAUUUAGUCAAAAUAAGUGUUUGAGCAGGUGUGUGAAAAAAAAAAGAUUGUGAAAGUAAAAAAAACUGCUCACGAGAACAUUAAAAAAGCUUCAAAAUCUGCAGUCACUCAGAUCAGAAACAAUGCUGUUUAUAUGCAUUUUAAAUACAUGUACUGAGAUGAAAAAUCCAUCGUUAGGCUGGAGCUUUUUUCCAGCUGUGUACGGCAGAACAUUUUCAACAGUGUUUGGGAAAAGUUACAUUAUUCACAGAUGUAGAACUCUCAUAUAACUGUAUAGAUUUUUCUGGUGUGGUCCAUAUUUUGACUCAUGUUUGUGGAAAUUGGUUGUAGAAGGCCACUUUCUCUCUGUACAUAGUCUCAGUGAUCGUUUCAUGGAUGUUUUCCAUUCUCAAAGUAUGCUAAAUAUGGAUGUGCAUGAUGUCUCAGCUACAUAUAUCAGAUCGUUCUUAUUACAUCAUUUAUAUUUUGUAAUCUGUAUUUCUGUACGUGUUUUUAAAAUAUAUACAUUUAAACUGC